AUGUCUGAAAGACGAUCUCUUCCCACGGCGUUUCCGGAGCAGGAAACUGAUGCACUGAGAAUCAGCAACGACCUCUCUGCUGGUCCCAAGCCCAUUAUCACCCCAAAUGAUGAGUCUUCUCGUGUUCUCAUCAUCGGCGGUGGAGUGGCAGGCCUGACUACCGCAUGGUUCCUUCUGGAUAGCGGAUAUCACGUCACUAUCGUUUCCAAAGAGUGGGCGAGCUAUGAUGAAGGACCGCGCCUGACUUCUCAGGUCGCUGGUGCACUCUGGGAGCUUCCUCCUGGUGGAUGUGGGCCACAGGCUAUUGGAGAUAAGCUUCCUAUGGUACAGAAAUGGGCACUUGAAAGCUUGGAGGUGUAUCGUGCAAUCGCAGCAGAUCAAACCCUCAGGGAGGCGUACGGACUAAAGAUGAGAAAGUUUACUGCAUUUCACACCAACUCGCUUCAUGAGGAUGCAAUCAAAGCAGACAAAAUCCAGUUCAUCAAGGGUACCAGACUGGAAGGGUUCUCACAGGGAACCCAUCUCUUCGACAAGUAUGGGGUUAAUACUAACUGCCAUGGAGGACUAGUUGAUGCCUAUGAGCAUGAUGCCCCAGUCAUUGAUUCCGACGUUGCAAUGUCAUUUCUUAUGAGACUUGUCCAAAGCAAGGGUGCUAGGUUGGUAACGGAUAUAAUUCAUGGAGAUAUUGUCAACCAGGAAGACUCCUUGCUACAUCUCUACAAGGCAGAUGCCAUUGUGAAUGCUACAGGCGUUUGGGCGAGAGAGGCAGCUGCAGACGAAAACGUUUAUCCUCUACGAGGUGGGAUGUUGCGCAUGAUCAACGAUGGCACAGACUUCCCGAAGGUCGAGAACGCUAUGGUUGUUUCAACUGAGACAAGACAUAAUGGUAAUUUUCACGACAUGGCCGUUCUUAUUCCACGCAAUGACAAUAUUCUACUUUUGGGUUCUAUUCUGAACCAAAAAUCCUGGUGCUUGGACCUAUCUCCGACAUGUGAAACAAUCAAGGACAUGCGAGAGCGAUGUGAGGCUUUACUACCUGCGCUAAAGAAUGCUCGCCUGGAUCCCAAAUACCCUCUGUCUCAAGGCCGACGACCUAUGAGGAUAGGUUCCGUCCGGGUAGAGCGCGAUCAGCGAAAGACCUGCCAAGGCCAAUGGAGCCGCACCGUCCACUCCUACGGUCACGCGGCAGCGGGAUGGUCAUUGGCGUUUGGGUCUGCACGACAGGUAUUACGCCUUCUCGACGACCUUUUUGACAAGAAAGGGCCAGGAUUGGUGUAUAGAAACAAGCAGGGCGUAUAUGGCCAGAAACACGGCACCAAGGCCAAAUUGUGA